UGGUUUAACACUCAUUUAAACAAAGAAAAACACUUACUUCAGAUUCCAUUCUGUAUUCACAUUUUUUAGAGAAAUUGCACUCCCAUACAAGCUUUAGAUUCUGUGCUCUAGAACGGAUCACCAUAAAACCCCAUGGGGACAUAAAAAGGAUUUUACUACAGAGGGAAGCCUUUUGGAUAUUUAAAUUACAUACAGUCCAUCCACAUGGAUUAAAUGAUAAAUUAGAUCUCUCUUGUUUUUUGUAAUUACCCUUAAUGAGUGCUCCAAGUAGCUAGCAUUCCUUAAAAAGGGAGCUACCUCCAUGAGCUAAUUGCUCACAAAUGGAAGGCAGUAGGAUCAUUAUCCACAACUGAAGUGCUACAGCAGAGCCACAAACUCCUUAGUGGAAGUAAGUGUUUUUCUUUGUUUAAAUGAGUGUUAAACCAAUGAGUAAUUGUUUAAUGUUACUGGGUGCUGGCAACAGCAAAUCUAUUAUGUUGUCUUUUUUAAAUAUAGUUUAUGAAAGCUGCAGAAAAGUCUACAACAAACGCUUGAAAGAACCUUCAGAAGCUACCUGAAGAAGGGAUUUUGAUCCAGAAACAAGGGUUAAAAAAUACCCAGGAAUCCUUGUUGUUUCUACAUUCUUUUGCUCUACAUUCCUUUAUGGUUUAUAUUCCUUUUGCGCAUCUCCAAAACAUUAAUUUACAUGGGACUAUGAUAAAGUUAUCUAAAGUGUGAACCACAAUACAUAGUUGUUUACUCCAUUGACCAAGCAUUUCUAAGACGUUUAUCUACGUGGGACAAUACUGGAAUUUAAAGUGUUGUACUCAGUUAUUGAACAGACUUAUUGGUUACUGAAAAAACAUACAAACAUGAAUAUAAUGUUUGAUGUAAUGUUAUAAACAGUUUGUAUUUGUGUAUUACUCAUGCGCCUGUAAGGAUUAUAAUUUGUCUGUUAGCAUUGUUUUAUUCUGUAUAUUAGUAAUAGGACUACUGUAUCUUUAUACUUCUUAUAGAUUUCUGUGUACUUUACUGUUUCUUAACCCCCCAAGAAAAAGCCUCCCAAAGCCUGUUUGUUUCAUUCUGCCUUUCUUUCACAGAGGAACUGUGAUUUUGGGCUGAGAAUUUCGGAGUAGAGCCUGUGGAGGGAUUUCUUUCCCUUGAAAGAAAGAAGAGGAGGAAAAGCAUCUUGGAUACGGUUGGGUUCUUCACCAGAGUGGUUCCAACAUGGAGAGACCCAACUCACCUGGACCUGAAGCAGGACCUGGGAGCAGUGGGGAAUCCUGGGAAAGAACCAGACAUGAGUCCCUGAGUGUGGACCUUCACAGCUCGGACACACAGCGCCAGCGCUUCAGGCAGUCCUCCUACCAAGAGGGUGAAGGACCCAGAGGGGUUUGCAGUCGUCUCCACGAUCUGUGCCGCCAGUGGCUGAAGCCAGAGCAGCACACCAAGGCCGAGGUGCUGGACCUGGUGACCCUGGAGCAGUUCCUGAGCAUCCUGCCCCCAGAGAUGGGGAGCUGGGUCCGAGAGUGUGGGGCAGAGACCUGUUCCCAGGCGGUGGCCCUGGCGGAAGGCUUCCUCCUGAGUCGGGCCGAGGACAAGGAGCAGGAAGGACAGGCCCAUAAUAAUAACUCCAUGGAAGUCCCUGCACCAGAGGAAUCUCCACCAGACACCACUCAGAGUCUCAGGCAGAAGGAGCUGAAGCGGGAAGGAGACGGGGCUGCCGCCUUGCAGGGGUCUGGAAUGAUGCUGUUGCCGAAUCCUCAGCCGUUUCUCCCCCUUUGCGAUGGAGUGGGACUGAGUCAGGGCCCAAUCAUCUUUGAGGAUGUGGCUGUGGAUUUCUCCCUGGAGGAGUGGGUUCUCCUGAAUCCGGAUCAGAAAGCCUUGCACAAGCAGAUCAUGGAGGAGAUGAAUGGGAUUGUGGACUCUCUUGUAGAUAACGGGGAGAAGAACCAUGUAUGCGCUAAGUGCAGGAAGCAUUUGGGACACAACAGGGGACUUCGUCGACACCAGCAAGCCCACAGAGAAGAUGGAGGUUCUGUGAGAGAAUGGCCAGACAAAUGCAAUGUAUGUGGGCACUGUUUUACCCAAAAUGUGGCACUUGUGCUUCACAAGACACUUGAUGCUGGGAAAAGCCAUCUUAAAGGGAAAGUAUCAGCAAAAUGUGUAGUGAAACAUGAGAAAUUUCACACAGGUCAGGAACCAUACAGAUGCCAGGAGUGUGGGAAGUAUUUUGCUUACAGUUCACAAUUGGUGAGGCACAAGAGACUCCACACAGGAGAGAAGCCAUACCAAUGCCAGGAGUGUGGGAAAUGUUUUGCUGACAGUUCAGCCUUGGUGAAACACAAAAGACUCCACACAGGAGAGAAGCCAUACCAAUGCCAGGACUGUGGGAAAUGUUUUGCCUCCAGUUCACACUUGGCGAGGCACAAAAGACUCCACACAGGAGAGAAGCCAUACCAAUGCCAGGAGUGUGGGAAAUGUUUUGCUUACAGUUCAUACUUGGUGAGUCACAAAAAAGUCCACACAGGAGAGAAGCCAUACCAAUGCCAGGAGUGUGGGAAAUGUUUUGCUUACAGUUCAUACUUGGUGAGUCACAAAAAAGUCCACACAGGAGAGCAGCCAUACCAAUGCCAGGACUGUGGGAAAUGUUUUGCCUCCAGUUCACACUUGGCGAGGCACAAAAGACUCCACACAGGAGAGAAGCCAUACCAAUGUCAGGAGUGUGGGAAAUGUUUUACUUCCAGUUCAUACUUGGUGAGUCACAAAAAAGUCCACACAGGAGAGAAGCCAUACCAAUGCCAGGAGUGUGGGAAAUGUUUUACUUCCAGUUCAUACGUGGUGAGUCACAAAAAAGUCCACACAGGAGAGCAACCAUACCAAUGCCAGGAGUGUGGGAAAUGUUUUGCUUACAGUUCAUACUUGGUGAGUCACAAAAAAGUCCACACAGGAGAGAAGCCAUACCAAUGCCAGGAGUGUGGGAAAUGUUUUGCUUACAGUUCAUACUUGGUGAGUCACAAAAAAGUCCACACAGGAGAGCAGCCAUACCAAUGCCAGGAGUGUGGGAAAUGUUUUGCUUACAGUUCAGCCUUGGUGAGCCACAAAAGACUCCACACAGGAGAGAAGCCAUACCAAUGCCAGGACUGUGGGAAAUGUUUUGCCUCCAGUUCACACUUGGCGAGGCACAAAAGACUCCACACAGGAGAGAAGCCAUACCAAUGUCAGGAGUGUGGGAAAUGUUUUACUUCCAGUUCAUACUUGGUGAGUCACAAAAAAGUCCACACAGGAGAGAAGCCAUACCAAUGCCAGGAGUGUGGGAAAUGUUUUACUUCCAGUUCAUACUUGGUGAGUCACAAAAAAGUCCACACAGGAGAGCAGCCAUACCAAUGCCAGGAGUGUGGGAAAUGUUUUGCUUACAGUUCAUACUUGGUGAGUCACAAAAAAGUCCACACAGGAGAGAAGCCAUACCAAUGCCAGGACUGUGGGAAAUGUUUUGCCUCCAGUUCACAAUUGGUGAGGCACAAAAGAUGUCACACAGGAGAGAAGCCGUAUCAAUGCCAGGAGUGUGGGAAGUGUUUUGCUUACAGUUCAACCUUGGUGAGCCACAAAAGACUCCACACAGGAGAGAAGCCAUACCAAUGCCAGGAGUGUGGGAAAUGUUUUGCUGACAGUUCAGCCUUGGUGAAACACAAAAGACUCCACACAGGAGAGAAGCCAUACCAAUGCCAGGACUGUGGGAAAUGUUUUGCCUCCAGUUCACACUUGGCGAGGCACAAAAGACUCCACACAGGAGAGAAGCCAUACCAAUGUCAGGAGUGUGGGAAAUGUUUUACUUCCAGUUCAUACUUGGUGAGUCACAAAAAAGUCCACACAGGAGAGAAGCCAUACCAAUGCCAGGAGUGUGGGAAAUGUUUUACUUCCAGUUCAUACGUGGUGAGUCACAAAAAAGUCCACACAGGAGAGCAACCAUACCAAUGCCAGGAGUGUGGGAAAUGUUUUGCUUACAGUUCAUACUUGGUGAGUCACAAAAAAGUCCACACAGGUGAGAAACCAUACCAAUGCCAGGAGUGUGGGAAAUGUUUUGCUUACAGUUCAUACUUGGUGAGUCACAAAAAAGUCCACACAGGAGAGAAGCCAUACCAAUGCCAGGAGUGUGGGAAAUGUUUUGCUUCCAGGUCAGCCUUGGUGAGCCACAAAAGACUCCACACAGUAGAGAAGCCACACCAAUGCCAGGAGUGUGGGAAGUGUUUUGCUUACAGUUCAGCCUUGGUGAAACACAAAAGACUCCACACCAGGGAGAAGCCAUACAAAUGCCAGGAGUGUGGGAAAUGUUUUGCUGACAGUUCAGCCUUGGUGAGUCACAAAAAAGUCCACACAGGAGAGAAGCCAUACCAAUGCCAGGAGUGUGGGAAAUGUUUUACUUCCAGUUCAUACUUGGUGAGUCACAAAAAAGUCCACACAGGAGAGAAGCCACACCAAUGCCAGGAGUGUGGGAAAUGUUUUACUUCCAGUUCAUACUUGGUGAGUCACAAAAAAGUCCACACAGGAGAGAAGCCAUACCAAUGCCAGGAGUGUGGGAAAUGUUUUACUUCCAGUUCAUACUUGGUGAGUCACAAAAAAGUCCACACAGGAGAGAAGCCACACCAAUGCCAGGAGUGUGGGAAAUGUUUUACUUCCAGUUCAUACUUGGUGAGUCACAAAAAAGUCCACACAGGAGAGAAGCCAUACCAAUGCCAGGAGUGUGGGAAAUGUUUUACUUCCAGUUCAUACUUGGUGAGUCACAAAAAAGUCCACACAGGAGAGAAGCCAUACCAAUGCCAGGAGUGUGGGAAAUGUUUUGCUUACAGUUCACACUUGGCGAGGCACAAAAGACUCCACACAGGAGAGAAGCCAUACAAAUGCCAGGAGUGUGGGAAAUGUUUUGCUUACAGUUCACACUUGGCGAGGCACAAAAGACUCCACACAGGAGAGAAGCCAUACCAAUGCCAGGAGUGUGGGAAAUGUUUUGCUUCCAGUUCAGCCUUGGCGAGACACAAAAGAUUCAACACAGGAGAGAAACCGUAAUGCCAUUCAUGUGGAAAAUGUUUUACUCAUAGUUCGUCCCUUGACCGGCACCAGAAAACACAUACAGGCUAAAAAACAGCCAUUGUGUGUAAAUGUCUGAUUUCAAACAGGACCCUUUGAGAAGUUCUGCGUCAGAUUUGGUGGAGUCCCGUUCUUGUCAUUUGAACCUGUAAGUUGGAGGUCCUGUUCUCUGGAGCAGCAGAAAGCAAGCUGUGUGUGACAAUCCUUCAGAGCAGUGGUCCUCAACCUGUGGGUCCCCAGAUGUUUUGGCCUUCAACUCCCAUAAAUCCUAACAGCUGGUAAAGUGACUGGGAUUUCUGGGAGUUGUAGGCCAAAACAACUGGGGACCCACAGGUUGAGGACCACUGCUUCAGAGGGUUAAAUACGAUUGUCUUAUCACCUCGCCUGAAAAGAAAUAAACCAAAUGUAAUUCCAUCUGUUGUUCCUCUGGGCUUAGUUUCCAGCUCCAUUUCCACCUUGGUUGCAAAUGUCCAGUUUGUGAACGUUGUGCCCCUACAGAAACAUCCUCUGUUUUCCUCUUUAGUCGGGAGUGGUUAGUUUGCAUAUUGUAAAUAGCCGUUAUGGGAGGGAUCCAGAGUUGGCCCCUUCCCUUUAAGACAGUGGUUCCCAACCAUGAACCACCAGUGGUUUUCAGGAACUAAAAUACGGUCUGCCUUCUAACCUUCCCUUCCUUUGUCUUCUUUUCUCUUCCCUUCCCAUAUUUUCCUUUGCCUUAUUUUCUCUUCCCCUUCCUUCCUUCCCUUCCUUUGUCUUCUUUUCUCUUGCCUUUCCUUCCUUCUUUCUUUGCUUUCCCUUCCUUUGCCUUCUUUUCUCUUGCCCUUCCUUCCCUUUUCUCUUCUCUUCCCAUAUUUUCCUUUGCCUUAUUUUCUCUUCCCCUUCCUUCCUUCCCUUCCUUUGUCUUUCCUCUUGCCCUUCCUUCCCUUUUCUUCCUUCUUUCCUUCUAUUCUUGUCUUUUCCUUCUUUCCUUUUAUCCUUGUCUUCUUGUCCCUUCCUUUGCCUUCUUUUCUCUUGCCCUUCCUUUUUCUCUUGCCUUCCUUUCCUUUACCCUCUUUUCUCUUGCCCUUCCUUCCCUUUUCUCUUCUCUUCCCAUAUUUUCCUUUGCCUUAUUUUCUCUUCCCCUUCCUUCCUUCCCUUCCCUUGUCUUCUUUUCUCUUGCCUUUCCUUCCUUCUUUCUUUGCUUUCCCUUCCUUUGUCUUCUUUUCUCUUGUCCUUCCUUCCUUUUUCUCUUCUCUUCCCAUAUUUUCCUUUGCCUUAUUUUCUCUUCCCCUUCCUUCCCUUCUUUUCUCUUGUCCUUCCUUCCUUUUUCUCUUCUCUUCCCAUAUUUUCCUUUGCCUUAUUUUCUCUUCCCCUUCCUUCCUUCCCUUCCUUUGCCUUCUUUUCUCUUGUCCUUCCUUCCUUUUUCUCUUCUCUUCCCAUAUAUUCCUUUGCCUUCUUUUCUCUUCCCUUUCCUUCCUUCCCUUCCCUUCCCUUCCUUUGCCUUAUUUUCUCUUCCCCUUCCUUCCUUCCCUUCCCUUGUCUUCUUUUCUCUUGCCUUUCCUUCCUUCUUUCUUUGCUUUCCCUUCCUUUGUCUUCUUUUCUCUUGUCCUUCCUUCCUUUUUCUCUUCUCUUCCCAUAUUUUCCUUUGCCUUAUUUUCUCUUCCCCUUCCUUCCUUCCCUUCUCUUCCUUUGUCUUCUUUUCUCUUGUCCUUCCUUCCUUUUUCUCUUCUCUUCCCAUAUUUUCCUUUGCCUUAUUUUCUCUUCCCCUUCCUUCCCUUCCUUUGCCUUCUUUUCUCUUGUCCUUCCUUCCUUUUUCUCUUCUCUUCCCAUAUAUUCCUUUGCCUUCUUUUCUCUUCCCCUUCCUUCCUUCCCUUCCCUUGUCUUCUUUUCUCUUGCCUUUCCUUCCUUCUUUCUUUGCUUUCCCUACCUUUGUCUUCUUUUCUCUUGUCCUUCCUUCCUUUUUCUCUUCUCUUCCCAUAUUUUCCUUUGCCUUAUUUUCUCUUCCCCUUCCUUCCUUCCCUUCCUUUGUCUUCUUUUCUCUUGCCCUUCCUUUUUCUCUUGCCUUCCUUUCCUUUACCCUCUUUUCCCUUGCCCUUCCUUCCUUCCUUUUUCUCUUCUCUUUCCUUCCUUUGCCUUUUCUCACGCCCUUCCUUCCUUCCUUUUUCUCUUCCCUUCCCUUCCAACUGUUCUUGGACUAGCCCUUGCCCACCCUCUUAGAUGUGAGCAUGCCCACAGUUCUCAGCUACUGGUUGAUGGUUAUUGUUGGUCUUAUGUUGUUAUGGUGUUGUUAUGAUGGUUUAAUGAUUGAAAAUACAAUUGUAUAUCCAUUAUGCUAUAUUUUAUUCUUUUUUGUUGGGCGUAGUCCCCACUUAAGCCACCCCGUCUCUUCGGAGAGAUGGUGGCAGGAUGUAAGAAUAAAGUUGUUGUCGUUAUUGUUACUAUUUUUCUUAUCUAUACACAUAAUAAAAGUGAACAUCUCUA